CAUUUGUGCUGGCUCAGUGUUUUUGCCGACUGUAUCAAUAGCUGGAUGGCAAUGAAAAGGUGUUGAUGGGUUUUCUCAUGAGCAAUCAAACAACAAAAGACAGAGCCAGUCUGUCGUGAACCAUGUCCGCCGCAGACAAUGUUGCGGACAACGAAGAAGAUGCCACCCUAGCACAACUUCGCGAUGCAGACACAGACCUUGAUCUGUUCAGGUUGGCCGGAGACAUAGAUGACUUGUUAUUAGACGCCAGUCUCGAUGAGUACCAACAAUAUCUCGAUCAGUUGGACGCCGCAAGAAGUCACCUCGACACCCUCCUCGCCGACACGGCCGCGACGCUCGACGAACUGUCCGAGAUUUCGGCCUCCUUCAAGGCAAUCGACGCGCAGACCAAGGCCUUCCAGAAACAGUCGGCCAAUAUCCUCGAAGAGCAGCGCAGAAACGACACGAUCGCACAGGAGAUCGCGGACAACCUGCGUUACUAUGAGCCCCUGGAGAAGAUUACACGGCGACUGAACGCGCCCGGUGCAGGUGCCUUUGUUAGGAGCAAGGACUUUUCGGACAUGUUGAUCACGCUGGAUGAGUGCAUAGACUACAUGCAGACCCAUCCGGGCCACAAGGAAGCCGAAACCUAUAGGUCCCGAUACAGGCUCUUGCUCACGAGAGCACUCACGCUGGUGCGGAACACGUUCAUGGCCGGCGUGCGGGAAACCACCACCGAAGUCGCUGGCAGGAUCGCGGCGAAACAGCUCAACGACACCACCAUGUCUGCUCUUCUGUACGCCAAGUUUCGCGUCGGCUCGGCGGAGAUGAAGGAGUUGGGUUUGGAAAUCCAGAAGCGAGCGGUUCCUCCCGCGGACGCAGAAGCCGGCACGGAAGGGGAGUAUCAGAGUCUGAUGAACGAACUGCAUUCGAGCUUUGCCGCCUGUCGAGCACGGCUGAUACUGCCACUCGUCCAAAAACGCCUGACCGAGGUAGGCCAGGCGCCGAGCUCGAAAGAUCUGGUCCAAUUCGCCCGGGCGAGCAUAAGCUACAUUCGCGGCAUCUGUCUUGACGAGUUCGAGCUCUGGUCGGAGUGGUUUCACGGUUAUCGUGGACUGUACGACUUUCUCGAGUCCAUCUGCGAGCCGCUAUACGAUCAUCUCCGGCCACGAAUCAUUCACGAGAACAAAUUGUCCAAGCUUUGCUCACUCGUCACCCUUCUACAGACGCGUUACUUGCAUGACGAAGAAGAAGAUGGCCCCGCGGAUCUCAACCAGCUCGACUUUUCCAUGCUCAUUCAACCAGCCCUCGAGGAUGCGCAGACACGCCUCGUGUUCCGUGCCCAGGCCCUUCUCCGCGACGAAAUCGAAUUGUUCAAACCCCAUCCUGAAGACCUGGAUUACCCUCGGCGAACGUCCGCUCCUCCAACAACCACGACCCCUUUGUCGGGUCGUCGCAAAUCCCGUGAACCCACAACACCGUUACUCAAAUCGCCUGAGAUUGUAGACGAAGACUCGGGCGAAGAAGGCGCUUUCUCUUGGACCUUUGCGUCUCGCCGCGCGGAACUGCGAAAUUGCUACCCAACUCUUUCGAAAGCGAUCCGCCUGCUACAUCGAAUCUACAGAUUGGUCAACUCCUCCGUCUUUGACGAUCUGGCUCACCAGAUUGUCCAUCAAACCACUGUAUCACUACACUCGGCAUCCGUCCAGAUCAGCUCGAAAUCCAGCCCUGCCGAUGGUCAGCUUUUCCUGCUGCGUCACUUGCUCCUCCUCAAAUCGCAAAUCGUCGCCUUUGACAUUGAGUUUGUCACGCCAGACGUGAGUUUCGACUUUUCCGGCGUGGCCAGCACCUUUUGGGAACUCCGUGAACGAGGUGGCCUUUUCAACCCGCGAAGCUGGAUGCGUUUGUUCAGCAGCGGUGGGUUAAUACCGCGGGUUGUCGAGAACAUGCUCGACGCAAAAGUCGAAUUGGAUGGGAGGUUGAGGACGGUGAUCAACGACUUCACGGCCGGGUUUGCGAGUGACAUGACAAAGGAUCUGCCACGAGAUGUCGACAAAGUCAGCAAUAAGAACAAUGCGCUCGAGAAUGCGGUCUCGUCGACCAGGAAACGUGUUGAGAAGGAGAUACCCAUUCUCAGGGCGAAGCUAGAACAGUACCUCGACGACAUGCGGACUCGAGAGACACUGGUGGCCGCGGUGGAAGAUCAAGUAGUCCAGAUAUACGAGACAUUCUUCGAUGGAUACGUGAAUCGUUUGAGUAGUGGAGGCGGGAAAACGAACGGCGCCGGCCCGAUCUCGAGAAAGGGCAAAGGUCCAGAGAGCGCGGUUUGGGAUAUCGAUGCGUUCGCCGAGUGGGCAGAGGGUAUGUUUAAUGUUGCCCUACCGAAUGUCGAAGAUGAUGGAACGAGUCAUCCUGGAAGUAGGAGUUUGUCGAGAAGUGGUAGUCCUUAGCUUUGUUUCCCGCAUGGAAUGGUGCCAAUGACAUGAUGAGAGCCAAAAAG